GACGGAGAAGCCUCUUCCACACGCCGACAGGGUCGGCGGAUUUUCAGUACUGCACACAUACGUGAUAAGGCGAGCCCAUGGUGCUCACUAUCGUUCACCUUGUACUAUUCGCCAACUUCGCCCUGCCACUGCAGGCACUAACGCUGCAGAAUGCAGCAGAUGAGGCGCUGCUCAGGCGUACUGGUCGUGGCGGUGCAGCGGGUGAAGCCAGCAGUCACAGUGGCAUGGUAACUCUCCAGUACCUUGUGGACAAUCACGCCGCGUCGGAGACCGAGCUCCAUCUCCGUGCGAGCGAAGCGUGGCGCAAGUACGCAAACCAACUUGCCAAUAGCGGAUGCAGCUACAAAGGGGGAUUGCUGCCCUGCCCCAAUGGCAACAUCUGCUAUUACACAGGAUCGGGAGGCUUGAACGUGACAGCCACAGUGGAAUAUCGCGGGAACAUCAUCAAGACAGUCAUAUCCCCCGACCCAGAUGCAGGAGUCGACAUGCCAGACAUCGUGACUUUCAUGGGGGCUGGUACCAACGACGCUCCUGCGAUGCUGCUGGAUGUGCCAGCGGAAUACCGCAGAACAGCGAACCCCGUCAUGUUGAAGAUGUUUUUUGUGGAGGACACUGAUAACGUCACUGAGCAGUGCCCUCAUGACAGUGAGCGCGUGGAGUACGUUGGGAACAGCAGCGCGUCGUACCGCGUUGAGAACAACACGUUCACACUUUCAACGCAAAGCCCAAACACGUUCAUGGGCAUGGCCUUCGAUUUCGUCAGCGAGGCACCUGUGGGUCACACCCUGGCCUUCGAGAUCCCUGUCGGGACGGAGAUCGUCUGGGUGAGCCGUGAAGAGAUGGUCGAGGUGCUCCAGUCGCAGGAGAUGCCGGCUUCCCUCGAGAGGCGCUUAGAGGGGCAGUUACGCAAGUCUGCUUUGGCCAAGGGGAUGGAUGGCGCGCUCACGCAGAAAGGAAGCAGGCGGCGCAGGCGGCGCAGGACGGGGUGCACAGACGGACAGGUUGGUGCCAUGGCAGGAGGUGCAGCCGCCGCGGCCGUCGGAUUCUUAGUCUGCGCGUUUACUUUCAUCGGCUGCUUCACGGCGUCGCCGUUCUUGGUGUCCAUGGGGGCCAACUCGGUACUAAACGGUGCUUGCGACUGCUGGGCGAACGGGGAAGUGGGACAGCUCGCCUGCACGUUGCGGUGAGCGGUGGCCGAACACCGUCGGCCCUCGCCCCAUGCAAUUUUCGAGGUUCAUACCCAAGCUUUCAUGUGGGGCGAGGGCUGCGAGAGCGUAGUGGCGGUCUCCAAGAACAUCUGGCUGGCUAGCCAGGGCGAUCAGUAUUCGGAUGUGAGAGGGAAGCUUCUCGCGGCACUGGUCUCCGCGGCCUUCUCAUCCUUGCCAUUUGCUGUAGUGAGUUGGCGCGUAGCUUUGCUACACGAGCUGUGAGGGCAGUGCGGCAUGCACCGCAAAUAGCAGGGGGCAUCAUUCCUGCUCGCACAUGCACGUGGUGUUCUCCGUGCUGCGAGGCGCGUAGCUUUUUAAAAGUGUGAGGUGACAGUGUGGUACACCCGCAUAUAGCAGGGGGGCCAUUGCCGCUCGCACUGCAGAUAUUGCCUGCUGCGUGCUGUUCCAGCUCA